CUCUCUCUCUCUCUCUCUCUCAAACUCGAAGUGUAAAUAAAUUCAGAUCAAACCAAAGACAUAAACCCAAGAUACCCAAAGACCUAAAGAAACAUAUCAUUUUCUUUGUUUUUAAAACGCAAAAGCUCAAAGCAACUUUCUUUCUCACCCGAAAAAAAAAGAAGACAAUGUCCCCUCUACUAGUCCUCAUACAUCUACUAGCAACCGCCACAAUCUCCUCCUCUCUUUCUCUCCCCGAUUUCCAAAUAAUGACCGUCGGAGAAGCUCCUGUUACCGGAAAACAACAUCCGGUGAAUCAUACUGGUCUUGGUGGCGGCGGCGGAAAACUACCGAGGGUUCGGGUCGUGCACCGCGACAAUUUCCCCUCCGUCAGCUACCGGAACCACCGCCACCGCCUCCAUGCCCGUAUGCGUCGGGAUGUGGAACGAGUCACCGCCGUCAGCCGUCGCAUCUCGGGCAAAACUGCGGCGGACAAGAGCUACGAAAUCGACGAUUUCGGGUCCGAUGUGGUUUCGGGCAUGGAUCAAGGAAGUGGGGAAUACUUUGUGAGGAUCGGUGUCGGAAGCCCACCGAGGAAUCAGUACAUGGUUAUUGAUUCAGGCAGCGACAUGGUCUGGGUUCAGUGUCAGCCGUGCAAGCUUUGUUACAAGCAAUCUGACCCUGUCUUCGACCCGGCGGAGUCCGCGAGCUAUACCGGAGUUUCCUGCGGGUCGUCGGUCUGCGACCGGGUCGAAAACNNNNCCUGCCACUCCGGUGGCUGUAGGUACGAGGUUAUGUACGGAGACGGGUCGUACACAAAAGGCACAUUGGCGCUCGAAACGCUAACGUUUGGGCAUACGGUCGUGCGGAACGUCGCAAUGGGCUGCGGCCACCGCAACCGCGGAAUGUUCGUCGGGGCCGCCGGAUUGCUCGGUCUCGGAGGCGGUUCGAUGUCGUUCGUGGGUCAAUUGAGCGGGCAAACGGGCGGAGCUUUCAGUUAUUGUCUGGUGAGUCGUGGCACGGACUCGCCCGGGUCGCUCGUCUUCGGACGCGAAGCGUUACCCGUCGGAGCCGCGUGGGUCCCACUCCUGCGUAACCCGCGGGCCCCGAGCUUCUACUACAUCGGGCUGACGGGUCUUGGGGUCGGUGGGGUCCGAGUCCCAUUGCCGGAAGACGUCUUCCAGUUGACGGAGACCGGGGACGGGGGCGUGGUGAUGGACACUGGAACCGCCGUCACGAGGUUCCCCACGAGCGCGUACUCCGCGUUUCGCAGCGCGUUCACGUCACAGACCGGGAAUCUACCACGUGCCUCGGGGGUGUCGAUUUUCGACACGUGCUACGACCUGUCGGGUUUCGUCUCGGUCCGAGUCCCGACGGUGUCGUUUUACUUCACGGAAGGGCCUGUCCUCACCCUCCCCGCGAGGAAUUUCCUGAUCCCCGUCGACGACGCAGGAACGUACUGCUUCGCGUUCGCACCAUCGCCGACAGGGCUAUCGAUCGUCGGAAACAUCCAACAAGAAGGGAUUCAGGUUUCGUUCGACGGAGCCAACGGGUUUGUCGGGUUUGGUCCCAACGUUUGCUAAGUUUAUAUAAUAUUAUUAUACCAUUUUGUUAUCUUUGGUAUUUUCGAUUAUAUUAGUUGUCAACCAUAAAUUUCAAUAAUGUAUGGUACAGUGAUUUAUUAUACCAAACAUUUAGAGUUUUUCAAAA